AUGGAGAUCGGGUCUCGGAUCAGAAGCAUGCAUUUCAAUGGCGCCGACGUCACGCGGCCACGAUGCUGAAAAGUGCCAAUACGAAAUCGGUGCAACCGUGCAAUUCCUGCGACAGGUGUGGUUUUGCCCAUUGUUUUCGCUCGAUCCGCAGUCUAGUUCACUGAUUCUACGACAAACUGUGGGAGAGUUGGAAUUCAAAGUGCUGCCAGGGGCAUACUGUUCAUCGAUAACUUAAAGCAAUAAAAUAUAGAAAGUAAAAGUUGCACCCUGUUCAUCGACAGUGCUUGCAUUCACACAGAUCAUCGAAACAAAAUGCAUUCGAACCACUUGCUGCUAGAGGAACCGAUCCGGAUGGCAAUGAUUAUGGAGCCACCAAAACCGAGCUUUUUCCCUGCAAUGACGAGGAUUGUAGGCACGUUGGGGCCAUGGUCUCGAUCCGUCGAGGUUAUCAGCGAUUGCCUUAAAGCUGGAAUGUCGGUGGCACGAUUUGAUUUUUCAUUGGGCGAUGCGGCGUAUCAUCAGGAAACUCUGGAGAAUUUGAAAACAGCUAUUAAGAAAUCGAAGAAACUAUGUGCUGUUAUGCUAGACACUGCAGGUGCUGAACUCCAAGUUAUAAAUAAAAGUGAGAAUCCUAUAACACUCCAGGAAGAUGAUAAGGUUGUUCUCACACCUGAUCGAGGUCAGGAAGCAUCUUCUGGAGUUCUGCCAAUCAAGUUUGAUGGAUUGGCCAAGGCAGUUACACAGGGAGACACCCUUUUCAUCGGACAGUACCUAUUCACAGGAAGUGAAUCCACUUCUGUUUGGCUGGAGGUGGAUGAAGUAAAAGACAAUGAUGUGAUUUGCAAUAUCAAGAAUUCAGCAACCUUAGCUGGAUCCUUAUUUACAUUGCAUGUUUCCCAAGUUCACAUUAGUCUACCUACUCUAUCUGAUAAGGACAAGGAGGCUAUCAGUUCAUGGGGAGUUCAGAAUAAGAUUGAUUUAUUGUCACUGUCUUAUACACGCCAUGCAGACGAUGUUCGUCAGGCCCGCGAUUUUCUUGCCAAGCUUGGUGAUCUAAGCCAGACUCAAAUAUUUGCCAAAAUCGAAAACUUCGAGGGUUUAACUCAUUUUGAUGAGAUCCUAAAUGAGGCAGAUGGUAUCAUUCUCUCGCGAGGAACCCUCGGCAUAGAUCUUCCACCCGAAAAGGUGUUCUUGUUUCAGAAAUCUGCUAUAUACAAAUGCAACAUGGCUGGAAAGCCAGCAGUCGUAACUCGUGUUGUCGACACCAUGACUGCCAAUCUCCGGCCUACUCGUGCCGAGGCAACUGAUGUUGCCAAUGCCGUUUUGGAUGGAUGCGAUGCAAUCCUUCUCGGCGCCGAGACCUACCGCGGAUAUUACCCUGUCGAAUCUAUUUCUACUGUAGGCAGAAUUUGUGCUGAGGCGGAGAAAGUCUUUAACCAAGAUCAAUACUUCAAGAGGACCGUAAGAUACAUCACCGAACCUAUGACUCACUUGGAAUCCAUUGCUUCUUCCGCGGUCCGGGCUGCAAUCAAGGUGAAGGCCUCUGUAAUCAUAUGUUUUACGUCGACUGGAAGAGCUGCAAGAUUGAUUGCCAAGUAUAGACCAACUAUGCCUGUUCUAUCGGUUGUCAUCCCUCGUCUCAAGACAGAUCAAUUGAAAUGGAGUUUCACCGGUGCAUUCGAGGCAAGACAGUCGUUGAUAGUGCGCUCGCUUUUUCCUCUGCUUGCUGAUCCUCGUCACCCUGCGGAGUCUACAAAUGCAACAAAUGAAUCGAUUUUAAAGGUUGCGCUCGACCAUGGGAAAGCCUCGGGGUUCAUCAAGUCCCAUGAUCGCGUCGUCAUUUGCCAGAAAGUUGGAGAUGCCUCUGUGGUAAAGAUCAUCGAGCUCGAAGAUUAGCUUUCUUGUUGUUUAAUCAUGGUUGCCGAUGCCUGGAAAUUUUUUGUCUUGAGUUUUACAUUUAGACUAGACACAUUUAUGCUCUUGUAAGAUGAUCGAUAAUGUGCAUGCCCUGCAAAUGAUGCUAUACUUUGAUAUUCUUUAU